AAAGCAAAGCUAGUCUCCCAGUGGAGGAUGAAGCCAAAGUGGCGCAGUCUUGGGGAGCCUUUCUGUCCGGUGGAGUGUGUGUGCAGCAGAGAAAGCUUAGUUCUUCCAAGCCAAGGUGACUUCCUUGGUAAUAGAGGUGCAGGAGAAGGAGCAGAAGCUGAGGAGCCUGCUAUUUCAAAGGGAGGAGGUGUGUCGGGGUGCUGUGAUUUGGAGGAGUUCAAUGUGAAGACUCUUUAUGACAAGUUAGAGGAUCAGAACCUCCAUGUAGCCUCACAACUGGCCCGACACCGCAAAGAUAUACAGGAAUUUUAUAGAAACAUCUGUCAACAAACGGAAUCACUCAAGAAUGCCUUGGAGAAUAUGGAUCAUAAAAAAAUGAGUCUCCUUAAAGAGAUAUUAGUUCAUAAAACAAUGAAGGAUGAACCAUCUAACAGCGGGGUGGGGGAGAGAGAAACACAAGUUGAGGCCUGCAUAUCAUUGCUGGGAGCUGUUGUCAGGUCAGUGGAAGCUCUCUUAUGCAGGCUGACAGGAGACGCUUGGCAGAACCAGGAUUUAUCUGGUCCCCUGUACUGUCAUACUGGCCAUCAUGAUACCAGGGAGUGUGAGGCGCAAGCUGGAUACAUGCAACCCAGUGACACUAACAUGUGUUAUACGCAGUUUUCAUCAGUGAAUGUGACCAAAACAUUAGCUCUUCAACAUGAACCAGACCAUGUACAGAGCUCAGCUCCUUCUUUAAGUGAUCAUGACCUGUCCAAACUUGUCACUAUAUCACCUCUAUUCAAGACCCUGCAGGAGAUUCAGAAUUCUUUACAAAACCUCACCAUAAAUGAGUCAAAACAACAUUUUAACAAUGAAGCUGCAGACAAUUCUGCAAAGGGGAAUUAUGAUGGGCACCUCAUCCCGACUGCACUGGACAACCUCUCACCGCAACACUCUGCCAUUUUCCUGUUUGGUUGUCAGGUGAUGCAGUUGCUUGCAAACUGCCCCACGUUCCCCAGUGUACUUCUGCUACUGGCCAAAUCGAUUCCGAUUGCUUCAUCUUCCUCUAAUGAGAGUCUAUUGUCACACUGCUCUGAGGACUUUUAUUAUGAUGAGACUAAUCAAAUCCUUUAUCUGUCAGAGGCAAAGCUUCAGCACGUGGGACAUUUCAUCUCUGUCAUCCUGCAGUCCAUGGCCCACAUAGCAUCCGGAUCCAAACCCCAGAGCUUUAUGCAAUCUCUCCAUGAGGCCAUUUCAGCUCUAAGCCUUCAGCUGUUCAAUGUUUCUUUCAAAUGGAGCACAUCAGAGUCCAUUUUCGAUGCUUUGAAGAGGCGGAAUAACACAUUAGUUGAGGAAUUUCUCAACAUUAGAGUUCCCACUGAAGCUCGCUUCACUGAACAUCUAUUAGCGAGCAGACUCCAGAAAUAUAAGUAUUUUCCGCUUGAACAACUCAUCUCUGAACUCAAACAGACUUCAAAUCAGGACAUAGACAAAGGUUUACCACCAAAAGGGACACCAGUGCAGAUGUCAUGUAUAGAGGAAGAAAUUGAUCGCAUGAAUGAGUCAUUCUUGCUGCUGAGCAUGCAGCUUCAGAAGCGAGCUCAAGUGAGCACAUGGCUAAAGGAAAAAGAGAGCAGUGCUGGAAACCAUUCUGCAAGGGAAACUCCAACAGACAUUCCAAGCCUGAGUCGUAAUGGAACAAUCCUGCUGGAACUGAAGAGACGCCAUGUAUUACAGCGCCUCAAUGAGCUCCAAAUCACAUUAGGCCAGAUCAGACGGUGCCAGCAGCAUGACAGCAAGUCGAAAGAUGGGACAAGAGGCUGUACACAAACCGACAGCGGCACCGCUCAGCAGGGAGAAAGUGAGAAUUAUGGUGGUACUGAUGGCUCAAAUCCCACCGAUGGCCAGCAGCAGGACAAUCUUUCAGCCAGUCACAGUCACAGCCACAGCCAAAAAGCCAUAGAGAGCAGAGGUCUUGAUAACUAUAAACUGGAAAGUCAUAUUUCUGACCAGAGGAGUAACAUUGUCCAAACCAGCAACCCUGACCCAUUGCUGGACUGCCAGAUGCCAGGCAUUCAAGAUCUUAAUGUUCCAGCAAAGCAAGAGCUAAAAAGUGAGACUACAAUAGAAAAUACAACAAGCCAAACAGAUACUGAUGACAUGUGGGUGCACACUAAUCUCACUGUGGAUAAAUGAUCAAGGUUUUCUCGAGUGGUUCUCUAAACAUUAAUUUUCUGUUUUUUGCCUUUUUGUGCUCCUUCGUGUUAGACCUCAAGUGGUUAUUUCUGUACAAUAUAUUUGUUUUCUUUGAGUAUUGAUGCAAGUGACCUCUAACGUCAUUUGCAUCAGUUUUAAAAAGAAUUCAUCUUAGUUCCUUUUAAUUAUCUUUAGACACAGACAAAAAUAAUUUGCAGCAGCAUGCAGUGGCAUGACACAAUCUGUCAACUUGUCCAAAGAAUUUCCUAGUCAGGAGUUAAUACUGGCCUCUAAGACAGGUUCUGCUCAUUACCAUAUUCUAAUUAAGACAAUAAAUUUCAACUGAUUAAACACAAGGUGACAUUGGUGAUUCUGCUCUGCUUCCUGAUCAUAACAACUUCUCUCUUGUGUAGAGGUGACAACCCACGUGUUUUUCAUGAAUAUGCAGUAUUAAACUACAAUAACUCUUGUCUUUCUUGCACAUUUAUUGGUUCUAACCUUU